GCCGAAAAUGGGGAAAUGGUCCAUCGAUCCAUCAUGAAGUGUGAACUUUGCAAGCAAGUUCCAUCCGAACCUAUGGGUGGUUAUAUAGUGAGGAUUACCUUUGUUGUAGGCUCUGGUCUGGUCUGUGCUUUUCGAAAGUCGCGCCGCCGAGCCGUUACCCGACAUAUCAUUCCAGAUUAAUUUGUCAAGUUAUAUGUUACCUAUCUUCCCUUUCUGCACACGAUUCAGGUUCAGACGCAAGAGAUCUGUUUGGAACUUGCUGUCUUGCCAAAGUCUUGCCUACCUAAGCCCAAAUAGUUGCUGCUCUGAUAGUGGAGAAAGCAGCUGGUUCUGUCGGUGAGACGCUCGCAUUUUUAUUUGCUAGUCAAUAUUUGUUGUGUAAGUGGCGCAGCCGAGACAAAAUAAGCUGGUGAACUUUGUAAUAGGGUAACAGCAAGACAGUAAUAGCCAAGGCCCUAUAUACCGUAAUAGCCCAUUUUUCAAGUAGGGCAACUGAGCUGUUCUGCGGGUUCAAUAACAAAAAUUCAAAAAAUCAGACACAACACCAGAGACGAGACUCCGUGGGACGCACAGAGUCACAAGGAUGGUUUUGUCUCGUGAGGCACAGAUCCUCCUCUAUGUGCCAAAUUUGAUUGGCUAUAUUCGGCUGGCAUGCCUUCUAGCCAGCUGGUGGUGCUGGGCAGAGCAGCCCGGACAGAUGGUGCUGUUCUACGCUCUACAGGCCACUCUUGAUGGUGUGGACGGCUGGGCAGCGCGCCGGCUUCAACAAUGCUCCACGUUUGGUGCCUGGCUGGAUGUAGUGUUGGACAAUGUGGGUCGAACCAUGCUCUGGUCGGUGCUGUUUGACUGGGGGUGGCUCGUCGCCUGCCUCGAGUGGCUGUGCUUUGUCUGUAACAGCGGCGCCGGCGGCCAGUGGAAGGCGGCCAUUAUCGCCGACGGGCCGCCGCUCUGUCGCUGGGUGAUGGCCGACGGCUUCAAGACGCGCUGGGGCGUGCUGGCCAUCGGCGGCCUGCACGUGCUGCCCAUCUGGCUGGUGGGCAUGCGGCGCGGCCUGUUCGCGUCCACCGGUGGCCCACUCGGCUGGCUGCCGGCGCCGCUGGUCGUGGCGUGCCUGGCGCUGCUGGUGGUGGGCCGACUGCUCUGCGCCCUCGUGGAGCUCUGGUGCAUCCUGGCGCACGUGCGUGCCAUGCUGCGAGAGGACACCGCCGCCGCCGCCAAGUGAGGCGCUGACGAGAUCGGCAGUGCCUGACCGUUGGCCGGAGUCACUGACCUGGGACGCUAUUAUUGGGUGAAUAGAUGUAGCUUUGUUAUGCUGGGAUUGUUAAAUGAAAUUUAAGUGCCUAUCUUUAGGAGGCGUAUAUUAUCAAUGCGAAUUUUGCAGAUGCUUUGCUAGGUUGAACCGGCGUUAUGUCAAGGGGCGAGCAGAUAGUUUAUAUACCAUUUUAUUUUGAGAAUAACUUACCUGCUCAUAAUAUGCUCUUAUACUGAGUAGAAUAUCAUUAAUUGUCGAACAUGCAUCAUAUGGUUGGCGGUUGCAAUGAUUGCAUCAACACUAUGCAUAAUUAUUGCAUGUCGUAUUGCAUCAAGGAAAAGAGGACCGUUUAGGCACCAGCGGUACUAGCAGUUGUCGUGUUCGCCGUGAUUCCGCAGCAAGGGUUGACGAUGACAUUCAUAUGUUAUAGAAACCUAUGCAUUCGAGCGUAAUAUUACGUUUACAAUGUGUUGAUCAACUUCGAGGAUCUAGGUUAGGUACAUAAUGCAUUAUUUAGCUUGGUUUAUUAUUACAAAUCUGUUGAGCUCGAUCAACACAUGCGAGAUUGAAAAGGUUUCGGCGUGUCGGCCGCUCAAUUUUAUUGUGAUCAUGCCGUCCAAUUCCGUCAGCUGUGAAAGCCUCAACCCGUAUUCGACAAUAAUGUGCGUUUACGGUGUGUAAUUGUAUUCCAGGUUGUGUUAUGCAUUCAUAUUUUACAAAAGGUUUAUGUAAGGAUGACAGUACAUUCCCAUUUCCCACAGAUGUGUCAACAUUCUUUUGUCAUCGAAUUACUGGUGAACGUACAGCCCUCAGCAGACUGCGUGGUAGGUAUUCUUUUUUUGGAAAAACUGAUGAUAAUAACCCAAAGGCUACGUAAUGAGUCGGUCGGAACUCACUGCAAAUAGAUGCGCCAUGCUCUACUCC